AUUUAUGAGACACAGUAACUACUAACGAGACUGCCACUGUAGACGGCACCACCAACCACCACGCGCCUUUCUCUCUAUCCUCCGCUGGACCCUGAGAGAACGUAAUCAGAAUCACUACAGUUAUGAACUUGAUUAUUGAAAAAUGGGGAUUGAGUCUAUAGGAUGACCAUGAUGAUUAUGGUAUCCUUCUCUCGUUUUUGUUGUCGAUUUCUGAAGCUUCGAGCCGUAUUUACAUGUCUUGGCCCGUUAAAUCAUUCCUUUUCUUCUCUCGCGAAACAGCACCCAGCAAGCUUCACGAAUCGGAUUCCCAUUUCCGUCAAUGGAAGUUUGAAGCUGACGUCAAUGGUUUCCGAUGCAUACGAGUGUAACGUAAAGAUAAGUAAUCUAGGUCGUCAUGGCAAUGUCAACCAAGCGAGGAAGUUGUUUGAUGAAAUGCCUCACCGUGACAUUGUUUCGUAUGCUUCAAUGAUUACUGUUUAUUUGAAAAACAAUGAUUUUUCACAAGCUGAAAGGCUCUUUUUGACAAUGCCCGAGAGAAAUAUAGUUGCUGAUUCUGCAAUGAUCAGUGGUUAUGUCAAGGCUGGCCAGAUUGAUAAGGCUCGUGACGUUUUUGAUCAUAUGGUGGAGAGAAAUGUGUUUUCUUGGACCAGUUUGGUUUCUGGGUAUUUCAUGAUUGGAAAAGUUGAUGAGGCUCUUCGGCUUUUCCAUCAAAUGCCUUACAGGAACGUGGUCUCGUGGACAACUGUGGUUGCGGGUUAUGCUCAAAAUGGUUUCAUUGAUCAAGCUCGUCUUAUUUUUGAUCAAAUGCCAGAGAAAAACAUCGUUGCUUGGACUGUUAUGAUCAAGUCUUAUGUUGAGAACGAUCGAAUUGAUGAGGCUUUUGAGCUUUUCUAUCGGAUGCCGCAGCGGAAUCUCUAUUCUUGGAAUAUUUUGCUUUCGGGUUGCCUAAGUUCUAAUAGGCUAAAUGAAUCCAUGCAACUAUUUAAUUCAAUGCCUCAGAGGAAUGCAGUUUCAUGGACAACAAUGGUCACAGGUCUGGCUCGAAAUGGAAUGAUUAAACCUGCGAGGGAGUAUUUUGAUCAGAUGCCUAAAAAGGACACGGCAGCAUGGAACGCUAUGAUCACAGCAUAUAUUGAUCAAGGCAGCAUGGUUGAAGCUAAUGAACUCUUCAAUUUGAUGCCAGAAAAGAAUAUUGUAAGUUGGAAUGCGAUGAUUUAUGGGUAUGCAAGAUAUGGGCCUAGUGGUGUUGCCUUCAAGCACUUAAUCCUCAUGCUUCGGCAAAAUGUUAAGCCGAAUGAGACUACCAUCACAAGCGUAUUGACAGCAUGUGAUAGCAUUGUGGAGCUUAUGCAGGCUCAUGGCCUAGUGAUUCAUCUUGGUUAUGAGCAUGACUCAAUGCUUGCCAAUGCUCUAGUGACUGUGUAUUCUAGACAUGGUGAUGUCCUCUCAGCGAGGUUUGUUUUCGAUCAACUCGAAGCCAAGGACAUUGUAUCAUGGACUUCAAUGAUAUUAGCAUAUUCAAAUCAUGGUUGUGUUCAUCAUGCCUUACAGAUCUUUGCACGUAUGUUAAGAUUUGGAAAUAAGCCUGAUGAGAUUACAUUUGUUGGACUCUUAUCAGCUUGUAGCCAUGCAGGUCUUAUCCAAAAAGGUCAAAAGCUCUUUGAUUCAAUGGAUUGUGCUUAUGGUAUAAAACCAAGGGCUGAACAUUAUUCCUGCCUUGUAGACAUUCUGGGUCGUGCAGGAGAAGUGAACAAGGCAAUGAAAGUAGUCUCUGAAAUGCCUCAGCAUGAGCGUGAUGGUGCUGUUCUUGGGGCAUUGUUGGGUGCAUGCAGAUUGCACAAGGAUGUUAGAUUGGCAAACCAGAUUGGUAAAAAGCUAAUAGAUCAAGAGCCAACUAGCUCAGGGAGUUACGCACUCUUGGCUAAUGUGUAUGCAGCAUGUGGGAAGUGGAAUGAGUUUGCACUGGUAAGGAAGAAGAUGAAGGAAAGGAACGUGAAGAAAGAACCCGGUUUUAGUCAAAUCGAAGUAAAAGGCAAGAGCCAUGUAUUUUUUGUGGGGGAGAGAUCUCAUCCCCAAGUUGAGGAAAUUUAUAAUUUCCUUGAUUAUAGACUGCUACCCCUAAUGCAGGACAUGGGAUUCAAUCCAGAAGGCACACCUGAACUAUUAUCCUGUUACAAUGAAUAGAAGGCACGUCUGAAGUAGCAAGCACAGACUCUACUCUAAUUGGUACCAUUGUACUGCGGGAUAUAGCAUAGGAUAAUUCUCAGAUAAUUAACGUUUGUAGCAAUAUUUUCGCAAGUAUACACGCUUUUUGUGAUUAAGAGAAAGCUUAGAGGAGAUGUCAGAAUGCUCAGAAACUGAAGAAGUUUAGAUUAGUGUUGUUUUUUCCCCAAGUAUCUAUGUAAGUUCUUUUGAUCCACUUUUGCUGUGGAAGAAAAUAAUGGCAUCCCUAGUGCAAUCUGCUCAAUGCUUUUUAGUUC